AUGCAGGACAGCAUGGAUGACAGCUUGAGGGAGGCUGAGGGCAGACAGGACGACUCGGAGGUCAGCAGCGGGACGACACUCGGAAGCAGCACCCCGGAGGACAGCGGGGUGACGGCGAAGCUGCGCAAGAAGUACCAGAUGGCGUCGGCACUGCUGCGGCGGGAGCUGGAGGAGCUGAGCGUGUACGACGCGAAGACGGCGGGGGUAAGCGGCCGCAGCAGCGGCAGCGGCAGCGGCGGGCUGGCGCUGCUGGGCGGGCGAUUCCACGUGGCGCCGCUGCGGAUCCCCGCGCGGCGGCGGCUGCAGACGCUGGUGGUGGCGUGGCACACGAGCUCGUUCAUCUACAUGACGGUGCUGGUGCUGUUUCUGGCGGCGAACCCGCUGAUGUGGUGGUUCAUGGUGCCGUAUAUGGUGUACUACGUGUGGAACCGGUCGCCGGCGAACGGCGGAGUGGUGCGGCGGUACUCGCCGCGGCUGCGGUCGCUGGCGCUGUGGCGGUACUACUGCGAGUACUACCCGAUCUCACUGCACAAGAGCGAGGACCUGGCGCCGACGUUCGUGCCGGACCCGCGGGGGGCGGAGCCGCGCGAGUGGAAGCUGCGGCUGUGGCUGUGGCCGACGCGCGUGGAGCUGCUGAACUUGACGCUCCAGUGGACGCGCGCGCGGCCGCAGGUUGCGACAGGGCCGCGCUACAUCUUCGGGUACCACCCGCACGGCGUGGGCGCACUGGGCGCCUUCGGCGCGAUCGCGACCGAGGGCUGCAACUGGAGCAAGGUCUUCGCGGGCAUCCCGGCCUGCCUGUGCACGCUGGUGAACCAGUUCCAGAUCCCCAUCUACCGCGACUACCUGCUGGGCCUCGGGUGCACCUCCGUGGCCCGCAAGAACGUGCUCAAGGUGCUCGAGCAGAACUACUCGGUCUGCAUCGUCGUGGGCGGCGCCCAGGAAGCCCUGCUCAGCCGUGUGGGCUCCACCGAGCUCGUGCUGAACAAGCGCAAGGGCUUCAUCAAGCUCGCGCUGGAGACGGGCAACGUCAACCUGGUGCCUAUCUACGCCUUCGGCGAGACAGACUGCUUCAACGUGCUCGACACGGGCAACGAGAGCUACCUACGCAAGUUCCAGCUGUGGAUCAAGAAGACCUACGGCUUCACCAUCCCGUUCUUUUUUGCGCGCGGUGUCUUCAACUAUGACUUCGGCUUCCUGCCCUUCAGGAAUCCGAUCAACGUCGUCGUGGGCAAGCCUGUGUACGUAGACAAGCGCAGAACGAACCCCACCAUGGAGGAAAUCGACCACUACCACGACCUGUACGUGCAGGAGCUGCGCAAUGUGUUCGACAAGAACAAACACAAGUUCGGCUACGCCGGGAAGGAACUUAAAAUAGUAGAGUAG